AUGACCGGGGGCCACUAUGAUCUUAUUAGCUGGGACCCCCGGGGUGUGCCUUCUUCUCGGCCACAGGCACACUGCUUCGAUAGCGCGUCCGAAGAAAAGAAGCUCUGGGCCGAUACGGUGUUUGGUCCUGGGCUUGAAGCACGUGGUCAUUUCUCAACCCAGGAUGAUGUUGCCGAGUUUCUUGAACUUUCCCAAUCAGCAGAUCAAGUCCUUCUAAAUUUCAAGAAAAAAUGCGAACAACGGAAUAUUCCAGACACACUAUCGUAUAUAGGCACAGUUGCAACCGUAAGGGACAUGCUUGCAAUCAAUGAAGCUUAUGGAGGCGCGGAGAAAAUAAAUUUCUGGGGAUUCUCACAUGGGAGCCUGAUCGGACUCUACUUUGUCAAUUUAUUCCCAGAGCGUGUGGAUCGCGUUAUUCUAGGAGGUGUUGUAGACCCGGAAUAUUGGGCGAACAAGCCGCCACAUAUGUCAUGGUCGGUCACAGCAACACAUAUUGAUGAGAUACUGGGGAAAUUUGCUACUGCCUGUAUUGAACGGCCCAAGUCGUGCGAGUUCGGAAAAGGCGUAAAGACUCAAGCCGAACUUCUUUCUAAACUCAAGAAUCUACUUAACCUAGCGUACGAACACAAAAAAGUAACGGCAAAACUGCAGAAUUCAGCUCCUCUGGAAUUCGUGAACCUGCCAGAUCCCGAUCAGUGGAAUAACCUAUCAAAUGCUCUUUCCGGCAUUUACGGAAAAUUGCGAUCACAAGCCGUAGUUUCCGGAAGUUCUGUACUCUCCCGCCUCUCCCCAUAUAUGUGGAGAGGAUCGAGUCAUAACGAUUUCACUGAUGAUACCCCCAAUUACUCGUUUCAAGCGAUUAUCUGUGGAGAUGCAGUUAAUCAAGCUGGUGUGACUACCAAAGAAGUGUUUCAGGAGCUAAUGAGAGUGGCUAAAGAUGUUACUCUAAUACUUGGACCGGCACGGGGCGAGGGUGGCCUCUACUGCCAUCAAUGGCCAUACCGAGAGGUUGAACGGCUUGGUAGCCCAUGGAAAACGAGUUUGUCGAAAUUGUCAAAGCCACUUUUGAUUCUAGGGAACACCAUCGACCCUAUUACACCCUACAAGUCGGCUGAGAAGGUUGCCCAUGCACUUGCAGACUCGACUGUGUUGGUGACUAUUCCCUUCGGAGGGUCCAGUAAUGUUACUGCCCUUCAGCAUAUUCCUUCAUGGAAAUUGUCUAGCAAAUGGUGA